AUGGCCCCCAAGAAGAAGGCCCAGGCACGCCUGAAGAAAACCUCCUCGGACGUCCUCCCCCAGGUCCAGACGGAGCCCGUCUCGCCCACCCUGAAGGUGGAGCGUCGCGGCGACGGCGUGGUGGUGGUGGUGGAGAGCGCCGUCAAGAAGAUAGAGCAGAUGGCGGCGUUGGAUAUCGCUCAGCUCAACAGCCUCAAUUUGCCCUUGCCCCCGCCCGUUCUUAAACCUGGUGAACGUGGCCUGGGUCUGGGCAGCGAGCUGACGCGCCCGCUCCACGGGAACGCGAUGCUGGAGGAGCUCAGCAAGAUGCGUCAGGAGAAGUUCUUGACCGAUCUGGAACUGGGCUGCAAGACCAAAUCCUUUGACGUCCACAAGCUGGUCAUCUCGUCCAUCAGUCAAUACUUCAGGGAGAUCCUGGCCAAAGAUCCAGACAUGAAGCGUCUAGAGCUGCCCUCCCUUUCACCUCUCGGUCUGGCCAACGUGAUCACGUUUGCCUACCUGGGCCGCGUGCACAUGUCGCUGUACACCAUUGGCUGCACGGUUUCGGCAGCGUCCACGCUGCAGAUCCCGCAGCUGCUCAAAAUGUGCGCCGACUUCCUGCUGGCCGAGCUGAACGUGCACACCUGCGUAUAUGUGUGGAACAUCGCGGCCGCCUACGGCCUGACUUCCGUGUGCGACGCUGCCCGCCGCUUCGUGUUGGACAACUUCGUGCAGUUCGCCGACACGCCGCUGUUCACGCAGCUCACGCUGGAGCAGAUCUGCGCUUUCAUGCAGGACGACUCGCUGACGCUACCCUCAGAGCUUGUUGCCUUUCAGCUGGCCACAAAAUGGCUGGAUUUCGAGCCUUCCCGUAUGCCUCAUGCCGCCGUGCUGCUGUCUCACGUGCGCUUGGAGACCAUCCCGGCGGCCGAGCUGGUCAGUCGGGUCCAGACUGUACCCCGCAUGAUGCAGGACCCGCAGUGCCACCGCCUGCUGGUGGACGCCAUGAACUACCACCUGCUCCCCUACCAGCAGAACUCGCUGCAGUCCCGCCGCACUCAGGUGCGGGCCAGCCAGCACGCCCUGAUCGCCGUCGGCGGCCGGCCGUCCCUCACCGAACGCGCACUCAGCCGCGAAGUGCUGUGGCGGGAACCCCGAGAAGGAGGCGCGGCCUGGCGUCACCUGACACAGCUGCCGGCCAAGAGUUUCAACCAGUGCGUGGCGGUGAUGGACGGCUUUUUGUACGUGGCUGGCGGUGAGGACCAGAACGACGCUCGCAACCAGGCCAAGCACGCCGUCGGCACCCUCAGCAGGUACGACCCUCGCUUCAACACGUGGCUCCACCUGGCUAGCAUGCGUCAGCGCCGCACGCACUUCUCACUGUCUGCCAGCGGGGGACGCCUGUUUGCCACGGGGGGCCGUAACUCGGAUGGCUUGCUGGCCACGGUGGAAAGCUAUCUGCCUUCCGCCAAUGCCUGGCAGAUGCGCGCCCCCAUGGAGGUGCCGCGCUGCUGCCACUCCAGCGCCACCCUGCCUUCGGGCGACAUCCUGGUGACCGGCGGCUACAUCAACUGCGCCUACUCGCGCUCUGUGGCCCAGUACAGCGUGGAGGGCGACACCUGGCGCGAGAAGCCCACCUUGGAGACGCCCCGCGGUUGGCACUGCUCCGCCACAUUGGGCGGGAAAGUGUACGUGGUGGGCGGCAGCCAGCUAGGGCCCAGUGGGGAGCGUGUGGACGUCCUGACCGUGGAGGUGUUCUCGCCAGAAGGUGACGGCACGUGGAGCCGUGCCGCGCCGCUCCCACUGGGGGUGAGCACGGCGGGUCUGUCCACCUUAGGGCCCGACAAGCUGUACCUGGUCGGAGGCUGGAACGAAGCAGAAAAGCGCUAUAAGGCCGCCGUGCAGACCUACAGCCCGGCUACAGACAGCUGGGCCCGGGCGGAGGACCUGCCCGAACCCACGGUGGGGGUCUCGUGCUGCACGGUGGCCCUGCCGCCUCGACACGCGCCGCGCCGUCAACAGCACCGCAACACGCCGGCCCACGACGAGACGCCUCAGCAGCAGCAGCGGGCCGGGAAAACCCAGGAGAACAGCGUGCAGCCACUGCCGCAAAACGUCACGGCGUAA